UAUCUUUAUUUUUCUUCUUUGUUGUUUUUAAGGGUUCUACGUUUGGAACUAAAUAAAGAUAGAGAUGUGGAAAGAAUACAUAAGAGUGGUAUCAACAGCCUUGAUAUUGAGAAUAUCGAGGGAAGAUACAUGUUAUCCGGUGGAUCAGAUGGUAUUAUUGUAAUUCAUGACCUUGAAAACUUGAGCGGAGAGCCACAGUACACAUGUAAAGCAAUUCAUCUUGUGGGAAGGGGCCAUCCUUAUGUACAUAGAUUCAGUGUGGAGACGGUUCAGUGGUAUCCUCGUGACACUGGCCUGUUUACAUCCAGCUCAUUUGAUAAGACCUUGAAAAUAUGGGAUACAAAUGUUUUACAACCUGCAGACACAUUCAACUUUGAGGGAACAGUCUAUAGUCAUCAUAUGUCUCCAGUUGCUACAAAUCAUACUUUAAUAGCAGUUGGUACCAAAAACCCUGAUGUACAGCUGUGUGACUUGAAGUCUGGAUCCUGUUCUCACAUUCUGCAGGGUCAUAAGCAAGAAGUACUGGCAGUGUCUUGGUCCCCACAUGAUGAAUAUGUAUUGGCAACAGCAAGUGCUGACAGUAGAGUAAAAUUAUGGGAUGUAAGAUCAUCAUCUGGAUGUCUGAUAACACUUGAUCAGCACAAUGGAGAAAAGUCCCAAGCAUCGUCUGAGGCAGCAAACACUGCUCAUGAUGGGAGAGUUAAUGGUUUAUGCUAUACAAGUGAUGGACUUCAUCUGUUGACCAUUGGUACAGAUCAUCGGAUGCGACUCUGGAACAGCUUCACUGGAGAAAACACAUUAGUGAAUUAUGGGAAAAUACGUAAUGAGAGUAGAAAAGCAGUCAAAUGCACCAUCUCUAAUGGCUGUAAUCCAGAGUUUGCCUUUGUACCAAGUGGUAGUACCAUUGCUGUUUAUGCAGUCUUCACAGGAGAAUUGAUAACUGUGCUUAGAGGGCAUUAUAAUACUGUCAGCUGCUGUACAUAUCAACAUAAUUUUCAGGAAAUUUAUAGUGGUAGCAGAGAUUGCAAUAUCCUUGCAUGGGUACCAGCUUCUCAAGAGUUUCCUCUUGAUGACAUUUCUGCAAAGUCUCUAGGUCAUCAGAAUUCCACUACAGCAUAUCAAGAGGCAUGGAGCAGCAGUGAUAGUGACGACUGAUUUUUCAGUUACGUGUUGAUAUAAAACUGAUGUUCAGGAACUGCAUUCACAGACUUUAUCUACAGAAUUCAAUAUUGUCAGAUUUGCUACAACUGGAUUUUUAUUACAGUUCUAUUACAGCAAGGUCUUUCAGAAAUAAGUUUCCACUGUUCUCUGUUCUUUCUUCACUGUUACAGCUAAAUCUAAAGGAUUAUUUUUGCAUACUUACUGAUUUUUUUUGUACUUAACCUUAUACAUUGAUAUACUUCAUUCAGUGUUGAACAGCUGAUAACUGGUCCCAAGGGCUUUAAUUUUUCCUUUAAUACUGCAUUUUUUUUCUGGUAUCACUAAUACCUAGGGAGGUAUGUGUCUUGGAAAUAAAGGGAUUGAUACAAAGGAUUUUACCUGAAGGUGGACUAGUUCAGGGAUAACUCCAGUUUAUUUUUAUUGAUGUCUAGAUGGAACAGUCUGUCCAUUUUCAAUUGUUUGUGUUGUGGGACCCCACAUGAUUUUGUGCCUAUUUUGUGUUUUCAGUUCUGUGUUUUUCCAUUAAAUCCAGUAUUCAGUUCAGAAAGAAAUAUAGUUCAUCUAUUCAUGUAUUCAUAUAGUUACCCCAUCAACCAGUGUCUGAAUCUGUCCCAGAAAGUUAAGAAUAGGAACUAGUUCAAAUAGUGUUGUUCCUGUUAGCAGGUUUUUAAGAUCAGUCUUCUAUAUGAAUCUCUCGCUUCCUUAGCCAGAUAAAGAAUUCCUGGACAGAAACUGACUUGAGGUACAGUGCAAGGCAGAGUGGAUCACAUUUCAAGUUAGAAAUAUCCAAUGUAGUCUUUCAAAACUGUUUUCCUCUGAAUUUGUGGUCUUAAUGCCUGCUGUGUUUUGAAAGGGAGGAGCUUUAGGGGGUUAUUGUCUAAUCUCAAUCACUAGUUUGUGCUUCAGACAUAGUGUAGUCACCAAGCUGAGAGCUGAGUUAGAGGUUCCCGUCAGAUGUAGAUGCAGCUCUAUAGAUAAAUUCUUUUCAGAGCAGAUAUUAGGACCACACAUUCAGACAAGAGGAAAAAAUCUUGUAUAAAUCAAAGAAAAUAAUCUUUGUAUAGUCUGUAUAAGUUCUAUGAUUUGUAUGCAUUGUAGGAUUAAUUCACUGUGCUUCUCUUUUUAUAUCUAUAAAAGAUAUAGGCUGUCAGUUUCUGUAUCAAUCUAGUCUACCAUUGUAUAAUCAUGUGAUGUGAGGAGGGGGCAUAUCAAGGGAAUGUUGUAAUUAAACAAGCUUCCUAUAUACUGUGUAUUUGCUGGGAGAGAUAUACUGUGAAGUGGAUAGCUGCAGGGUAGAAGACUUAUGGAAGUUUGAGCUGAAGUUAAGAACCAGCCUGACACUGUCACUUUACAGGAGUAGAGAAGAUAAUUUUUUUUUUAAAUUACAGUUUUCAUUACCAGUGGUGACUGUUCCCUCUAAAGCUGGAAAAACUGAGGAACACAUUACACAUUUUGAUUUUUGUCUUGAAGAGGAUAACUUUUGUGUAUUGAAACUGUGCAUAUCAUUUGUAUAUGCCAGUUUAUGUAUUAAUUUCUAAAAAUGUGCUCAGUAUGCCAUAGUUAUCAAAGAAUAAAUGCUUUUCUAAUCAGCUUUCAGUUAUCUGUAAUGGGUUUUUUGCAUGUUAUAAUUGUGCAUAUCAUUUGUAUAUGGCAACUGCAGUGCAUGUAUUUUGUAUUUGAAUUUCUAAAAAUGUGCUCGGUAUGUCAGUUAUUGAAGAAUAAAUGCAUUUUUCAGUCAAUUUUCAGUUAUCUGUAAUGUAACUACAAAUGGUUUUGAUUUUAAAACAAACAAAUCUCAAAAAUACCAGCUCUAUGGUAGACUGGGAAUGGUAUAUAAAAUGGAAGUGGUAGGAAAAAUUACAUUUAAAGAAGGUGAAAAAUCAUAAAUCCAUAUAUAAGAAUGUUGCAUUAAUUCUCCUGGGUUUUUUUUGGAAUGGCCCUUCUCCAAUGAGUUCCUGUUCCUGUGCUUUGAGUACACAAUUAUUGAGAUUAGAAGGGAUCACUGGAGAUAAUCUAUUCCAACUUUCCUGCUUUAAACAUGGUCAACUAAAUACGGUUGCUCAGGCUUAUGUCUGGUUGGGCCGAGUAUCUCUACAACCUACAAACUUGUUCUACUGUUUGAGCAUUCUUAGAGUAAAAGUUUCUUCUUAGAUUUAAAUGGAGUUUUCUGUACUUCAGUUUGUAACCAUUGCAUCUUGACCCAUUGUUGGAUACCACUGACUUAGUCUUUUUGCUGUCCCUUUCCCUGGCUCCAUCAGGUAUUUUUACACAACAGUGAGAUCCCCCACCCUGAGCCUUUUCUCCAGGCAGAAUAGUCCCAGUUCAUUCAGCAUCAACCCACAGGAAGAAUCGCCUUCCUCAGCCUACUGACAGCACUCUUCCUAAUGCAACCCAGGAUGCUGUUGGCCUUCUUUGCUAGGGCACAUUACUGGCUUGUGGUCUUUUUAGUGUCCAUGAGGAGUGCUGGGUCCUUUUCUAUAAAGCUGCUCUCCAGCAGAUUGGUCCCUGGGCUUUUUCCUCACUGUGUGCAGAAUUUGGUGUUUGCCUUUACUGAACAUCAUGAGAUUCCUGUUUGCCUAUUUCUCCCAUCUGUUGAGGUACCUCAGAAUGGUGGCAGCACAACUAUCUGGUGUAUCAAGCACUCUUCCUGGUACUGUAUCAUCUACAAAUGUGAAGGCAUGUUCUGUUCUGUAAUCAGUGAAGAUGUUAAAUAGGGCGGGAUCAAGUAUUGACCCCUGAGUUGUGCCACUAGUGACUGGCUUCCAACUGGCCUGUCAUUGAUUCCAACCCUCUGGCCUUUCAUCUGUUUUUCAGCCUCACUGUUUGCUUAUCUAGUCUCUACUUGGUCAGUUUAUCCAUAAGGGUGUUUUAGGAAACUGUCAGAAGCCUUGCUAAUGUCAAGGUAGGCAUCAUCCACUGUUCUCCACUCAUCCACCAAGCUAGCCACCAUGUUGUAGAAGGCUAUCAGAUUGGUCAGGCAUGAUCUUCCUUUCAUAAAUCUAUGCUGACUGCUAUCUUCUUGUCCUUUAUAUGUCUGGAAGUGGUUUCUGUCAUUAUCUGCUCUAUUACCUUCACAGGGAUAUGGGUGAGGGAUUGACCUGUGUUUUCUGCAUCUUCCUUCUUAAAAACAUGGGUGACCUUGGCUUUCUUACAAUCCUCAGAAUCCUCUCCUGCUCAGCAGGACCUUUCCAAAGUAACUGAAAGUGGUCUUAAAAUGAUAUCAGCCAGUUGUGGGUACAUCCAGUCAUGCACUGUGGACUUGCAUCUGUCCAGUUUAAGUGCUGCCCUAACUGAUCCCCUUCCACCAAGGGUAUGCCUUCCUUGCUCCAGACUGUUUAGUGGUCUCAGGGACCUGGGGUUGCUGAAGUCCAGUCUUGCCACUAAAGACCAUGAUGAAUUAGCACGGAGUACCUCAGCCUUUUCUGUGUUCUUUGUCUUCAGUUCCCCUGUCCUGUUUAGAAGUGGGCCCACAUUUUCCCUAUCUUCCUUCUGUGCUGUAGGUUUUAGUUUUGCUUUUCAUAUUCUCUAUUUAACUCCAUGUGGGUUUUGGCUUUCCUAGCCCUAUCUGUGCAUGUUAGACAUUUUCUCUAUAUUCUUCCCUGCCUCCACCUCUUGUAUGCUUCCUUCAUGCACCUUGAGUUUUGUCAGGAGCUCCUUCUUCAUUGAUGCAGACAUCUUUCCACCUUUGCUUUGUUUUCCUGCAUGUCAGAAUGGACCAUCCUCAAAAAUCAACCAGCUUUCCUGGACGAUCCUCAUCAGGGCUAUAUCCCAUGGAAUUUUUCUAGAGAGAACCCUGAAUAGGUAUUUAUCUGGAAAUGUGGAAAUUUUCCCCUAUAAUUCUAUGGGGCUCAUGUUCAUACUGUUUCUGAAUAACUUUUUGCAUAUAGUUUUGUGUAAGUUGCACCAUGAAUUCAGUGUGGGAUUCAGCUCA